GCUCUCUCAUUUUUCGUCUUAUCAUCUUCAUCAUUGUGCUGGAUUGUAAUCUACACAGCUUCUUCUCAACUUUGGUGCUUCUCACUUAAUUAUUGUUCUGCUUCUUCUGAUCAAGCUAAGCAUACUACUCUAGCAGACACUCCUCCUUCAAGCCGUUUCAGGAUUUUCUUAAUUUCAAGAAUAAGGAUAUUUCUUCCAUUGAGAAAUCUGAACUGGAUUAUUAUUUGAAAGAAGCUUCUCUUGAUGGUCACCAAUUUUCAGAGUUGGAUGUGCUACAUUGGUGAAAGACUAAUCAACAAUGAUUUUUCAAUCUUUUGAAGAUGUUUGUGUGUGGUGAUUUCUUGAUGUUGAUGGCAAUGGCAGAUUGGGCUUCACUGGUGUUUCCAUUCUCCAAUUUCUUUGCUUCUAAAUAGUUAAAUUUCAUGCCAUUUUGAGGGGGGAAAAAAGAUGAAAACGAGACUUCUUUGUGGAAGCUUCGAAGGCAUCUUUAAACAAAGUUGAAAUAUCCAAAUCCAAAAUUGUGUUUAUGUGCAGUGAAUUCUUUGUAUUGAAGGCAGAUUGGCUUCACUUGUUAUUUGUUUUUGCAUUCGCAAUCACUUUGCUUCCAGACAAUUGACAUGCCAUUUUGGAGACGGCGUUUCCUGGGGAAGGUAUUUUAACAGAUCUUGCCAAGAGAUUGGUGGAUAAAACUAUAACAGAAGUCAAUUAUUUUCUUCAUUUCAAGACUCAUCUUUGCGAGUUUGAGCAACAACACAAUGAGUUGGAUGCAAAAUUUGAAGAAGUGAAUAAUGAUAUUGAAGAUGCCAAGAGAAGAAAUGAGAACCCAACCAAAGAUGUUGAAGUUUGGAAAGACAAAGCUUAUAUUCUAAUUCAGGAGAAUCAUAGAAUCAAGCAAACAUGGUCUUAUAGUUCAUGUCCUCAUUGGAGAUACCGACAAGGCAAGAGGUUGGCAAAGAGGAUGCUACUUAUUAAAGAUCACAUACAAAAGUUUAGCUUCGAAAGAGUGGCGCGUCCAGCUAAACUUCCAGGUAUCAAAUACCAUGCAAGAGAUUUCAUUGAUUUUGAGAGCAGAAAAUCAAAAUUGAAACAACUUGUGGAAGCUUUAAAAGAUGGAAAUCAUUACAUGGUUGGGUUGCAAGGGAUGGGGGGAACAGGCAAAACCACAUUGGCAACACAAGUGGGCAAACAACUUGAAGAAUCCAAAGCAUUUGAGAAUGUCAUCUUUAUUGUCAUGUCCAAUCCUCCAGAUAUCAACAAGAUUCGAGGAGACAUUGCAAGACAAUUAGGAUUGCAUUUAGAGGAAACAACGGAAGCUGAUCACUCAAAGCUUUUGUGGUUUAGAAUUUCUAAUGAAGAAAGGAAAUUACUUAUAAUAUUAGAUGAUGUAUGGGAAAAGCUAAAUCUUACAGACAUUGGGAUUCCAUUUGGACCUAAUCACAAGAAUUGCUAUGUUUUGAUAACCACUCGCCAUUCAAGAGUUUGUGAAGAAAUGAGAUGCCAAAAAACAAUUCACCUACACACAUUAAUAGAUGAGGAUGCAUUGAAUCUUUUUUUGUUUCAUGCUGCAAGUAAUGAUGGUUUUUUGAGAAAAGAGUUAGAGGAUCUUGCACGAGAUUUUGUGAAAGAGUGUGGAGGAUUACCAAUUGCAAUUGUAUCGCUAGCUAGCACAUUAAGAAUUUGGCCAGUAAGUGAAUGGAAGGAAGCUUUGGCAACUUUAAGAAAAUCUGAGCAAUUUCUUAAUGUUGAUGAAGAUUUGGUUCAGGUUUAUAGAUGCUUGAGCUUAAGCUAUGAGAAUAUGAGAAAUGAGAAGGCCCAAAAGCUCUUUCUAUUGUGUUCUAUUUUUCCAGAAGACUAUAAAAUUCCUAUAAACUUUAUUAUUAGACUCGGUAUAGGGGCAGGAAUUUUUGGCAAAGUUGAAGAUUAUUGUGUAGCUAGAAGCCAAGUACUUGGAGUGAAAAAUGAACUCGUAGCUUCUACUUUGCUGUUAAGGUUGAUGAGGAAGAAUGUGUAAAAAUGCAUGACUUAGUUCAUGAAGUGGCUCUAUGGAUAGCAAAGGAAGAUAUUCAAGUGAUUGUGGACUCAAGGACAACUUUAGAAACAAGCAAGCGAUAUGUGUUUUGGAGUACUAAUGAUUUUCCAGAUCAGUUUGAUGGUACAAAACUUGAGAUUCUAUUCCUUUGGAUAAAAGGAGACGUUUUAGUGAAAAACCCAGAAACAUUAUUCGUAGGGAUGGCAAGCCUCAACAUUCUUUUUUUACUUGGCAGGCCUAAGAGGCAUUAUAUUCCAUCACUGUCACAAUCACUUGUUUCAUUAAAGAAUAUGCAAACUCUCAUCUUGGAUGGUUGGGAAUUAGGUGACAUCUCUAUCUUGAAAAACCUACAAAGUCUUGUGACUCUUGAGUUGAACAAUUGUUUAAUAAUUGAAUUACCCAAAGUUAUCAAGGAACUAAAGAAGUUGAGAUUGUUGGGAUUAAGGGAGUGUGAAAUUCAAAAGAAGAAUCCUUUUGAAGUGAUUGAAACAUGUUCCCAAUUGCAAGAACUAUAUUUUGUUGAGAAUAAGAAUGUCAGAGAUUGGAAGCUAGAGGAUGACAAAGAAACUAAAGAUGAAAUUACUCAUGAUAUAUCUCCUCCUAUAUUGGAAAUGUUUUCUAUUGCUUGUGAUGGUUUCAAAUAUUUUAGUAGUGAUGAUAAUGGUUUGUUAAAAUGCUUCAAUACAAAACAUGCGAAAGAUUUAAUUUCAAAAGCCAUGUUUAAGUACAUUCUAGGAAGAGUAGAGGUUCUUGAGUUGGGAAAAAUGGAAGAAAUAGGAUGGAAAUGUCUCAUCCCUGACAUAAUUCAUAUGGAAAAUGGAGGCAUGAAUGACUUAAUUAAGCUUUGUUUGAAUGAAUGGGAUGAGAUUGAGUGCCUAAUUGAUACUAGGAAGCAUCAUUAUUCAAAAUCCUUCUCCAAGUUAGUCGAGCUACAUCUGAAUGGUGUGAAUGUGAAAGAAUUGUGUGCUGGUCCUUUUCCUUCUGGCUUUCUUAAGAAGCUACAAAUUUUGAGGUUAGAGAGGUGUGAAAAAUUGCACAACAUAUUCUUUGAUGUCAAUUUCAAAGUUCCUCAUCUAAAGGUUUUGACGUUAAGGGAUUGUCUCAUGUUCCAACCAUCAAUUUUCCCACUCUCUAUUGCUCAAAGUCUAGUGCAAUUGGAAAAAUUUACAAUUACAGAUUGCAACGAGCUAAAAAGUUUAAUCACAUAUGAGAGUCUGGGAAAAGAAUUAGGAGGUGUUUAUAAUCAAAAGAGUCGUGACUUCCUAUUCCAAAAUUUGAAGCAUCUUAGAAUUGAAAGAUGUCACAAACUAGAAUUGGUGUCACAACUCUUUUUGGCAGGAGACCUUCCCCUUUUAAAAGAGAUAUAUAUAAGGGAUUGUAAGGAGCUGAAAUACAUAUUUGAUGAAUACCAAAAUGAGGGUCGUGUUUUGCAUCAAGAGAUUAUGCUUCCUUCCUUGAAGACAAUGUUCCUUUAUUUUACACCAAAUUUCAUUAGCAUGUUUCGAGAAUUUAAGAAAUGUAUGCCAAGGCCAUCUCCAGUUUUGAAAGAAGAUUUAAAGGAGAAACAUGAAAACUCCAAGAGGGGUGCUUUCUCAUGGGCUCCUCGAUGUUGUUUUCUACUAGCAACUAAAGACAUUGAUAAUAUCAAAGCAUCCAAUGGCACAAUGCAACAACACCAUCCAAUUUCACCGGAAUUACCCACAUCAAUUGAAUUGAUUCAAACAUUUCAUGAAGCUGAGUGUCUUAUGAGUAAUAAGCGAUUGAGAUUACAGAAUAUCAAGCAUAUGAUACUUAAAGGAUGUUUAAAAUUGAAGUCAUUGUUCAGCAUAUCAAUUGCCACAACCAUCAUGUUGGAGGAAUUGGCAAUAAGCUACUGUGAUGAAUUGAAGCACAUAAUAACAAAUGAAGCAGAAGAUGAUGACUAUUUUAACUGCACCUCUAUCUUUCCAAAUCUAGAAAGGCUCCAAAUUUGGAAUUGCAAUAAGUUGGAAUUUAUAUUUCCAUCCACUUUUUCUGGAGGUCUUCAAAAACUAAAAGCUAUAGUUAUUGAUAAGGCUUUUGAAUUGAAACAUGUUUUUGGAAAAUAUGACCAUGAAGAUUAUGUAUCAAAUGAGAAUGAAAAUGAUGAGCCUCACAUUGAUCUUCCUGCACUGGAAAUACUAUCCCUCAAAGAGGUACCAAAUAUUAUCAGCAUUCAUAUCAAGAAAUAUCAUCUAGAAUGCCCAUCUCUACAAACUGUGGAAGCACCAAAGGAAUUUAAUAUGCAGAUGCAAUAUGUGACAAGUGAAGGAGCUAAGGAAUCUGAAAAACAAGAGAUUGUUAAUGUUGGAAGACUAGUGAUUCCAAGUAUGGCAAUCGAAUAUGUUCUCAACUUCCAUAAUCUUAAAGAAAUAGAAAUCCGACGAUGCAAAAAGUUGAAAACUAUGUUUGUUUUAUCUUCCUGGAGAAACCUAUCACAGUUGUCCAAGUUACAUAUAGAAUAUUGUGACGAAUUAGUUAACGUGGUUGAAGGUGAUUCUAAGAAUUAUGAUCACAUCAAUUAUAGCUCCAUUUUUUCAAAGCUGGAGGAUCUCGAAAUCUGGAGCUGCAACAAGUUGGAAUUUAUAUUUCCUUACUCCUUUUUUGGUGGUCUUCAAAAAUUAAAAUAUUUGAGUAUCCAAGAAGCUGGAGAGUUGAAAUAUAUUUUUGGAAAAUAUCAUCAAGGAGAUUACACAUCAAAUGAGAGCGAAAGCGAUGAGGUUCACAUUGAUUUCCCAGCUUUGGUAGAUCUAUAUCUCAGUGAUGUACCCAAUAUGAUCAACAUUUGUGCAAAAAAAUGUCACCUGAGCUUGACAUCUCUACAAAAGAUCGUGUUAGAUGGCUGUCAAGAGAUAAACGGAAAAUCUUUUCCAGAUUUGAUGAUUUGUUUACAAGGCAGACAAUCGAACGUGAAAACUGAAAAGGGCUUGAUGAAAAUUAUCAAGGAUAUACAAAAGUUAACAUACCUUAGAGUGAGCAACUCCAAAAUAGAAGAGGCCUUUAAUUUAGAAGAAGUGAAAAUUGAAGGUCCAGUGACGUUGAGCUUACAACACGUGUGGUUGCAAAAUCUAAGUGAAUUGAGGCAUAUAUGGAAGGCUCCCAAAUAUAUAUUGAGCCUCCACAACCUUCAGAGACUAGUACUCAAAGAAUGUAAAAAGCUAAGAUCAAUCUUCUGUGUCUCAAUAAUGAAAAGCCUCCCAUCAUUGUCCUAUUUAGAGAUUGAAGACUGUGAAGAAUUAGUUCAUAUCGUUGAAGAGGAUUAUGACGAAAGUGCUCAUGACCAAUUCCAUAAACUUUUCUUCCCAAAAUUACAAAAAAUUCUCAUCAGGCGCUGUAAGAGCUUGAAAUGCCUUUUCUUGAUCUCAACAUCUGCCAUGUUUCCAAUGCUGAUAAUGUUGCUAAUAGAAGAAUGCCCUGAGAUGGAGCAAGUAUUUGCAUGCAAACAACAUUAUACCCAGAAGAUAGUGGAACACGUAUUUCCAAAACUGACAUAUCUAAUACUUAGAAAACUACCAAGGCUUAUUACUAUUUGUGGGGAGAUUGAUUUUCAUUCUAUAGAAAGCUAUCAAGUGGUUGAUUGUCCCAAAUAUCAAGAAAUUACUUCUCAGCUUCAAGGAGGGCCUGAAAAUCUUGAUUAUGAAAAUCAAGCAUCAACAGAGGAGCUACUUUAUGCUCAUUACAAUAAUGCUCAUCAAAUGUCACAUAUGGGAGAAACAAGUGCUUCCCGAAACUUCUUAGAGGGGUUGGAGGAUGAAUACAUAAAGAAGGAAUCAAUCGCACAGCCCCAACAUCAGGAUCUUGAAGAAACAAAAUCAUCCAUUGAAGCAUGCCACAAAACUAAUAUACCAUUUCACGAUGAUAGUAUUGAUGACAAACUAAAAGAAAGAGUUCAAGAGGGUUCUACCUCAGAGGACAUGGUGCAAGCAACUCUGUUAGCUGAUUUAGCACCAAGGAACUCAUCUUCAGCAUUCACCACUCCUCUCCAAGAAGAGUUCCCAUUGGAUUUGACAAAGAUAGAAUCAAGAAGAGAAACAAGUAUGACACGCCAGCAAGAACUAGGAGAAAUAGUGACUAGUGUUGUUGAAAGCUUUCUAGAAGACACUACAGUUGUGAAAACUAAAAUGGUUACUUCCUCAAUUUAUUCACAAGGAGGGGGCUUAAAACCCAACCUAUUAGCAUUGAGUGUAAAUGAAAGUAUUCCAGAAGACAUUACACCUAUGAAAGCUAAAAUAAAUACUUCCUCAAUUUAUUCACAAGAAUCCUCACAAUUGGAUCCACCUGCAAGAAGUACUUGCGAAGCUUCAAAGGGAACUGUUGAAGAAGUUUCUGCUUCAAAGACAUCAUCGAAGUCAACUCAGCUUGACUCAGAAUUCACUAAGAAAGAAACAAUGAAUGCAAGUGUUCAAGAGGGACAUAAAGCAAAGAAGGCUUCAAAAGUAAACCUAUCAACAGACUCACAACGCUAUUCGCCAAAGCCUGCAAAGGACAAUACGGUCCUUGCUGAUGUGAUCCCUCCUCCUCUUCAUCAUCAAGCACAAAUUGGUGUUGAAAGCCCUUCCUCCCCUACAUUAGGAAUUGGCGAAAUUUUCCAAAUAGUGGAGUUGAAAGAUGGCGAACCUUCUUUGCUCGCUAAUGCACUGGAGCGAUAUCCACAGCUAAUGCUACCUCGUGAACAACGCACCAAUCGAAUCAUAGCUUUGUCCUACAGAGUGCUCCUUGACAUUUUGGUCAUCCUUGCCACCAAGACUCCCCAUACCAUUACAGCAUUGGAUAGAUCAAUUCUGGAGGCGAACUUAGGGGAAGCGACUAUUCUUGGUUUUGACAAAGAGUGGAUUGAAUCAGUUCGCACCAAAAUUUCUGGCUCUGAUAAGCUUGAUGUCUUGGUGGCAGAGAAAGAGUUGAAAGAUAUGGAGGCGAAGCUGGAAACAUAUGAAAUUGCGCUGGAUGAGGUCCAUAAGCAAAGAGCAGAAGCAAAAGAAUGGCUUGAAGUAAUUGAUUCUCGGUUGUUGGGUCUUCUGGAAGAUCGCAAGAAAUUGGUUAUCAAGAUAGCAGAAAUUAGGGAAAUAGUAAGUGCCAUGGAUAAACCAUUUGGAUUUUAGGUUUCUUAAUUAUUUGGUUUGAGUUCAUUACAGAAGUAGCACGCAAGUUAUUUAUAUGAUACAGAAUUAUAAACCAAUUUCUGGUUCUGGGUACGUUCAGGCGUUCAGCACUUCGGCUUAAUAUUUUCAAUGGAUUGUUAUAAAACAAAGGCCACAUGGUGCUUGUUUGGCAUCUCAUUUGGUUGGCCCAUACUA